AUGGUUUCAAGAACGGCCGAGUAUACCUCUUGGAGCCGCUUAUCAAUUUCAAUGACAAAAUUGUUUCGAGACAAAUAUAAGGAGCAACAGUUUUCCAAAGCCUACAGCCUUUCAGAUGAGUACGCAGAUUAUAUCAAAAAACACACACUACGUAAAAUGCUAUUUCUAUUGCUAUUCCUGGAUAAAGCUAAAACUAAACGUAUCAUUAAGCAUAAUCCGUGCCUAUUCGUGAAAAAAUCGCCACACAAGGAAACUAAAGAGAUAUUACUUCGAUUCGCCUCUGAGCUUUUAGCAAAUAUAGGUGACAUAACACGUGACCUUAAACGUCACGGCUACGUGUUACAGCACAAACAAAGCUAUUUGGAUGAAUUUGAUUAUGCAUUUAAUAACAUCGCCAUAGACUUAAGAGACGGUGUUCGUCUUACACGCGUUAUGGAGAUAAUAUUACUGCGAGAUGACAUGACUAAACAGUUGCGUGUACCUGCCAUAUCACGGCUACAACGUGUCUAUAAUGUGAAUCUUGCGCUACGUGCAUUAAACGAAGCUAAAUUUGAGCUUAAAGGUGAUAUAUCAGCAACUGAUAUAGUAGAUGGUCAUCGUGAAAAAACGCUAUCGUUGUUAUGGCAAAUUAUAUACAAGUUUAGAUCACCUAAAUUCCAUGGUGCAGCCAGUGUUUUACAGAAAUGGUGGAGAAACAUAUGGCUACGAGUGAACAUACAGCGACGUAUACAACAUAAAAUAAAAUUAAAGCGUGAAGCAGCAGCAACAAAAAUUCAAUCCUUCUUCCGUGGUCACAUUUCGCGUAAAUACGUUAGGAUCUAUAAAGAUGAGCGUGUGAAAGCUGCUACACUAAUUCAAAAACACGUACGUGGUAUUCUCUCACGAAAACAUAUUUUCAAAAUGGUAUGCUCUGUAAUUUACAUUCAACGCUGGUAUCGAGCAAAUAUUGAGGGUUUGAAUUGUCGACGGCGGUACCAAGCGUUAAGGACCAGCACAAUUACAAUACAACGUCGGUAUAGACAACGUUUAGUUGCAAAAAAACUGUUGGAAUUUGCUAAAGCAGAGAAAUUACGAUACCUCGAAGAAAGAGAACUGGCAGCUCAACAUAUACAAAGUUAUUGGCGUGCUUAUCGUAUUGGAGCAAAUAUAAGGAAAACAUUUUUAUUACAACGUAAAAGUGCUAUUAUAGUUCAAAGAAAAUUUCGGGCAAUAAAAGCAAAUCGAAUUCAGCGUUCAUCUUAUCUGCAAUUAAGGGAUGCUGCCCUUACCGUACAAAGAAGAUAUCGUGCAAAGAAACUAAUGUUAUUACAUCGAAAGCGAUAUUUGCUACUACAGAAAAGUGCCUGUAUUGUACAGGAACGAUAUCGCGCUCGUAUGCUCAUGAUGCGUGAAAGGAAGCAGUUUUUGCUAAUGAAACAAAGUGCACUUGUCAUACAACGCAAACUUCGCGCUACGUUCUUAAAGCGACGCGUAUGUGCGCACUACAUUUCACUUCAAUACUAUACCACAGUCCUGCAGCAAAAGUUUCGCUGUAAAAAAUUAAUGCUUAAGCAAAGAGCAGAAUAUCAAGAAUUGCGGUUAGCCACCAUUUUUGUGCAGCGUAAAUUCCGUGCAAACCAUAAAAUGCGACUGCAACGUGCUGCUUACGUAGAAAAAUUGCAAGCCGUCCGAACGAUACAGCAAAGAUUUCGAGCAUAUAAAAACAUGCGUUAUUGGCGGGCCAAGUAUCGGGGUGUCAGAGAAGCUACAAUCUGCAUACAGCAAUAUGUACGUUCCUACCAACAAACGAAACGGGAAAGAGACUUUUUCUUGAAACAAAAGCGUGCAGCAGUACUGUUCCAAAAACAUUAUAGAUCAUUGCAAAAAAUGCGGAAAGUGCGUAAUGACUUUCUGCAACUCAAAACAAUUACGCUUAAUAUGCAGAGAAGAUAUCGUGCCAAGUUAAUGAUGCGCAAAGAGAAGCAAAUUUACGAUCAUAAACGUGCACUUAUAGUCUAUAUACAACAACGUUAUAGAGCAAAGUUACUGGGUCGUAAAACUCGAGAAGAGUACCAGCGAACACGUAAUUCUCUUGUCAACCUGCAAAGACAUGUCCGUGCUACAUUACUUAUGCGUCAAUUGCGAACACAAUACCUUGAAAAGCGCGGUAAAAUAAUUCUUAUUCAGCGCUAUUAUCGCAACUAUCAAACAAUGAAUAAAGUGCGAACAUCAUAUAGACUACAGCGUGCUGCAGUUAUUAAAAUUCAAACCUGGUACCGUUCCAUACUUUUGAUGCAAAGUGAAAGAAGUGUAUAUUUGCGAACACGCAGCAAUAUAAUAUUGAUUCAACAAAAGUGGCGUGCCACAAUAAAAGCACGUUUAGUGCGUCAGGAAUACUUAGAAACAUUGCAAAAAGUGACUCUCCUGCAACGAAAAAUUCGUGCCACAUUAGCCAUGAGCAAGGCCCGGCAAGCAUAUCAAAAACAGAGAACAGCUGCAAUAACUCUACAGAAUCGAUAUCGAGCGAGACUUAUUAUGCUGAAGAUGCGAAGUCAAUAUUUGUUAAUAAGGACACUAGUCAUUUAUGUACAGCAAAAAUAUCGUGGGUAUUUAAUAACGCGUCAUUCUCGCUCUGAAUAUCUUAAGCUAAAGGAAGUGACUAUACAUCUACAGCAAAAAUUCCGUGGACAGAAGUUGAUGCAAGAGGAGCGUUUACGUUUUGUUAAUUUAAGGAAAUCUACAUUAGAGUUUCAGGCAAAUGCACGUGGUUUCCUAGCACGCACCCGUUUUCAAGCACUAUUGACACCUGAAAUGAUUGAAUUAAUGCGUCAGAAGAAAGCUGUUAAAAUCAUACAAAAAUAUUGGCGUGGCUAUAAUAUACGUAAACGUUUCCACAAUGUACGUAUAUUAGCCAUACGCAGGAAUAUAAAACUGCUGAAGGACGCGUCUAAAACGUUUCAAUCGAUACGGUGGAAAGUGCAGGACUCCGUGCGUGUCCUAAGCUCACGAUUCUGUGUAUCAGAGAGCUUACACGUAUUGAGUCGUUUAGAUCGUAUAUCGCGAACGGUGCCACACCUGUUAAUGUCACAAUCCGAUUUUAUAUCAAACUUUUGUUAUGGCACAAUGGCGCAAGCAAUACGUUCUGAAGUAGACAAGCAGAUCAUUGAAUAUUCCAGUAGAAUUAUUUUAAAUUUGGCGCGCUACAAUAGCACAACCGCAAAUACUUUCCAGGAAGGUGGUUUAGUGACUAUUGCACAGAUGUUACUACGAUGGUGUGAUAAGGACUGUGAAAUUUUCAAUACAUUAUGUACGCUUAUUUGGAUUUUUAGUCAUUGCCCUAGGAAGAGAGAAAUAAUAUAUAAGUUUAUGACAAGUGCUAAUUCGGUGUUUUUGUUAAGGGAAACUAGAAAGUUGGUAGCUCGAAAGGAAAAAAUGAAACAAAAUAUACGUAAAACAAAUAAUCCACGCUGUCCACAAAAUAAAAUUUUCUCCAGUCGUGCUUUACCUAGUUUAGAACCAGAUUAUGGGGUCAUUUGCAAUAAGCCCUAUAUAUUUAUUUCGUCAGUGUAUGCCUUUGAAACAGUGCUCUAUAAGUUAGGUAUUAAUAUUAUUUAGUAUAAGCUUUCUUAUUAUCCAAUUGUUCUAACUAUAUUCGUUUGUUUUCAAAUUGUAUUAUAUGUUUCCUUUUAUAUAUCUGUAACAUAAGCGUUAUUUAUUUUAUUAAUGAAAUGAUUUCAACAAAUCUACAUAUUUUAUUUUUAUACGACUAACUAAUUCCUUCAUUUAGAUUAAUAUUAGUAUUCAUAAAUAAUUGAUAACAUAAGCUCUCUAAAUUACAUUAUAUUGAGAUUUAUAUUUGAGGUUUUAAAUUAAUAUCUCUAAAGCAGCUUUUUAGUAUACCCAAAUUUAAAACAUAAUUUAUAGACUGCAU